AUGAAAGAAGCACUGCCGCAUAUUUUGUUUCCUAGGAAUGGUGAUGAUAGAGCAUCACGGGAACAGCGAGCGCUGGUGGUGACAGCCACGCUAACUGCGAUAUCCAUCCUUGUUGUCAGUAUGCGAAUGGUUGCUAGGGUUGGUCUGCUGAAGUUGAUUGGUCGCGAAGAUUACACGAUUCUAUUCUCUCUGGUACAUUUCGGCCUCGGCAAGCAUAAUGACGCUAUAUCAGGUUACGAACUGAAACAACAAUUGAAGCGCCUUUGGGCAGCUAUUCCUAUGUACAAUGCCAGCCUCGCGUUCACCAAGUUCUCAAUCCUUUUCCAAUACCUGCGCAUCUUCCCUGAUCGUCGAUUCCGUAAUGCUUGCCACGUCAUGAUGGGUAUUGUUGCGGCCUACUCGACCUGGGCUGUUGUGAGUGGCUUUGUGAACUGCGUUCCAGUGGCCAGGUUCUGGGACCGAUCAAUUCCCGGCUCGUGCCUGAGCUUUGAGGCCGUUUGGUUCUUCAAUGCAUCCAUGAACAUCGCUACCGACCUUGCUCUUCUUAUCAUGCCGAUGCCUCUCCUUUCUCAGCUGCAGCUUCCCCGCAUACAAAAACUCGCAUUGAUGGGAGUUUUCGCUAUUGGUGGACUGGUUGUCGUUACCAGCGUUCUGCGGCUUUCCAGUCUCCAUGCAGUCGCAUACGAUUUCGAUACAUCUUACAGCAACGUGGGCGCCGCAUACUGGACCGCGGCUGAGUGCAAUGUAGCCAUAAUCUGCGCUUGUCUUCCUUUCCUGCGACCGGUUGUCAGCCGUCUAUUCCCCAAGCUUCUGUCGACUCAAAGCUACAACCGCUACACCCAGAACCCAACCAUCAGGGCCAGCCGGUCCCAAGCGAACAGGAUGCAACUUCGCUCUCAAGGCCCGGAUUACGGCAUGUACACAAUCGACGUGCAGUCUGGAGACGAUAAACCUAUUGACAUCAAGGGAAUCGAAGUGACCACGGAAAUGUCCCAAGAGACCUCUAAAUACGAGGAAUCCGCCAGUCAACGGAGACUCGUCAUGGACGCAUGA